GCCCACCCAUCAGCCACACCCACCUUCAGCUACACUUUCAUGCAAAGAACAGGCCCCAGGUUGCAACUGCAAGGGGUGGGCCCUCGGGUCCCCCUGGCAGACACCCGCUUCCACAGUAAAAGCAGAGUGAAUUGACACAAAAGCCGUGAAUACCACACCUACCAGGGGCUCAGUCUAGUCACUCUAGGACACUCUGGGGAGAAUAGACCAGGCUCUAAAAAGGCCCACACUGAAGAAUGGAAGAGAAAUUCCUCCCCACCGAUGCAUAAAAUCCAACACAGGAACACAAGAAAUAUGAGAAAACAAGUUGACACGACACCCCCCAAAGUUCAUCAUUCACCAGCAGCUGACUCCAAGGAUAUUGAGGUGAGCCCCAAAGCCGGAGCCCCGAUCAGCCUCCAGCUGACACCUGACUGCUGCCACCACCGCCUGUGUCCCCUGCCCGUGCCUGACACUGUGCCACCUCUCAGCAGGGCAGCAGGAUGAGGGAGGCCGUGUCCACGGCCAACAGCAGCACCACCAGCAUCUCCCAGGCCCGGAGAGCCGUGGAGCAGCUGAAGAUGGAGGCCUGCAUGGACCGGGUGAAGGUCUCCCAGGCAGCCGCGGACCUCCUGGCCUACUGUGAAGCCCACGUGCGGGAAGACCCCCUCAUCAUCCCGGUGCCCGCGUCGGAGAACCCCUUCCGGGAGAAGAAGUUCUUCUGCACCAUCCUUUAGCCCUAGUGAUGAGCGUCCCUCCUCUGUCCUCAGAGCCCGUGGAGACCACGCAUGCUCAGCCCCGGGGAGCGCCUGCCCCCACCCCCGCCCAGCCCUCCGAGGCCGGCUCGCCUCGGUUUUUCAUGUUUUCUUCCUGACAUUCCAUUUCUUUUUAUUUGUUUUCUUUCAUUUUUACGUUAUUUUCAUUAGUGGCAAAGAGAAAUAGACAUUUUUAUAGCCAAUAACAAAUGUGCCGUGUAAACGUAAGAUGGAUUUAAGGGUUUACGGUUUUUAAACAUCAAUUCCCAAGUUUAAAUACACGUAGUAAUGAAUUUAUCGGACAAUUUAUUGAAAUGAAGAAGGGAGCCCAAGUAGUCCCCACUUCCGGUAACUCAGCAUCAGCCGAGGACAUUUCCACCCACGCAAUGCUCCCCGAUGCCCGGGCACAGCAGCGCUGGGGUCCCCGCGCCUGUGCCCGCGGGCCCUGCAACUUCCCGGCCCUGCGUCUCAGGCGGCGCAGCCCAGCCCCUGCUGGAUGGCCCUUGCCUCCCGUCGCUUCUCAGCGACCUCUGUGCGGUGGUCCUCUUCCAAAGGUAGCCGUGGGGUAGCCACUGGCCGCCUGAACACUGUCGGUGCUCCAGGCAGACCCGCGGGCCUCCACCGCACCUCUCCCUGCUGCCUCCUGCUCUGGCUCCAGCCAUCCACAGGGCCCUGGCGGGGUACAGCACGGCUCCAAAGCGGGCUCAGCAGGGCGACCCAGCCCCCAGGCAGCAGAGUGGCACCCUCAUGGUGGGCUGCCCGCUGAUCUAAUCUUGGCUCUUGAAUCCUCCAACCUUGAGGACCGCGAGUGUAGGUCUGCCUUGGAGGGAGGAGGGCAGGCGUGGGAGACAUGCGCUCUGCCCGGGCCAGAGUGACACACCAUGACGGGAAAACUGGACUCGGUGCAGGCGUUCAGCCGGGCCCUCCCGGCCGCCCUGAGCUGCGACACCUUCCAGGUUCACCUGUUGCAGGUGGGCAGCUCCGUCAGCAGCACACUUCUCCUCCUCUCUGCAGCCUGCCCAGCCUGGAUGGGGGCAGCUCAUGGACGAUGAGGCCUGACCGAAAGAGCCAGAGACAGCCCGAGUUAGCCGGGGCUCUCUGAGCAGGCUGCUGGCCCCUGAUGGAGCGGGAGGAGGAGCCAUGGGAGCCAGCGCUGUGGGUCUAGAAUCCUGUCCUCCCUGCCUGGCUGCGGCAGGGCCUCCCUGUGUGCUGUGGGCAAGCCUGGGGUGCCCAGCUGUUUCAACCUGCAAGUGGGGGGCGGUGGAUUUCCUGCCUGUCUGGAAGGAAAUUGAGGAAAGCUUGGAUUAUGCUUAAAACACAUACACAUACUAAACGCCAAGGCGCAAUGUAGAGACCAAUGUGGGACUUCCAAGAUCCCCCAGCUCAGAUGGAUGAAGAGUAUAAAAUUGCCUGCAAAGAGGCAAAUAUAAUUUUCAGAUCAACUAAUGACUUGCUCCCCUGGUGUAUGGUUUUAGCACACUGUCAUCCCUUAGUUUCCAUAGGCUCACUGAUGGCACCAGGGUUGUCAGGAGGCCAUCUGCUCAGACUGCAGAAUUGUACACUGAAGGCGGUGAUGAACCUUCCGUCCUUCUGCAGUUGGGGCUGUGACCAGGACCUCUUUAUUCUGUGGUCCAUGUCAGCGUCAUUAGCCUGAUAAAGCAAAACACAAUCCAUAAAAGCACAACAGAGAAGCCAAGAAAGUGGGUCGGCACAGAUAAUGGCAAAACCAGGUCAAGAGUAAAAUGUGCUUUGCAUCUUCCACCAGACUCUCCCCCCAUUUGUUUUGCUGUCCGUCCCUCUGCGCUCCAUCUUCCUUUUCUCUCUCCUCUGCCCUUUUCCAGUUCUCUGACAGUCCCCUGCCAGAGGCCUUUCUGUUCUUUCACACCCCACUUCCAGACCUCCGGCAGUUUCUGCAGGCCACCCCUGCAGGUGUUCCUGCGCUCCCCUCACCUGGGGACUGUGAGCUGCCCAUCUCCAUCAUCAGUGAAGAUGAAUGACAGAAGCUGCCGCCAUGUGGACUGCAGCUGUGUCGGGCGGUUGCCAUGUCAUAUUUUCAGCUUCCUGUAGGGGGUGUCGCCCCUUUCAUAUGAAUUUAGUGGGAUGUGGUACCCAGUUCCCACGACGGAAGCUGGAGUGGGUGGGUGUUCCCUGUCUCUCAGGUGCCCCCUCUCCUACUCUGUACUAGUCAGGGGAUGGUCAGUGACCCAGGCAGUUUACCUGGACCCCACAGCUUGGUGCUGUGACCCUGGAGCAGAUGACACAGAAAUGGAGCCAUGCCAAGAAUCAUCUCAUGGAAGCUGCAGUGGUCCUGGGAUGGCAAAAGCCCAGCAAGAGAAGGGUGUAGGGUUGCCAGACUGCAGGGUGCAUGUCCACUGGGACAGCAGGGUCCUGGGCCUCACUGAUCUGCCUUGUCCGUCUUCUAUGUCCCUUCUAGCUCCUGUUAAUUCUUUGAGCCUCCAAGCUCCAUUCAGUAAAUUCUUCAUUCUUCCAUGAAAUAGCCCGAGUUGGAUGGAAAUACCAUGUUACCUAAUAAUUCCUAGGUAUAGUCCCACAAGAAAUGUGUACAUAAAUUCAUUAAAAGAAACCUAGAAUGUUCCUGGAAGCACUGUUCAUAAAAACCCCAAAUGGGAAAGCACCCAAAUGCCAUGUUGAUUGGAUAAACAUGGUCUGCUGCUCCAACCCAAAGCCUAGAGGUGAGCCAGGUAAGAUGAUUACCCACCAUCGAUCCCAUUUUUAUGAAGCAUGAAACCUGGCAAUCCAAGUUGCAAGGAGAGAUAGGAGGCCCUGCUACUCCAGAGUCACUACCAAGGGAAGAGUCACCAAGGGAACAGAAACCAGGGGCAGGAGGGAGCUUCCAGGAUGCUCUGAUUCUGGAUCCGGCUGCCGUUCACCUGCGUGUGUUCUGUUUGUGAAAAUUCUUCCAGCUGUAGACUUUGGAUUUGGGUGCUUUUCUGUACGUAUGUUACACUUCAA